AUGCCAGCGUCAAAAAAGCGGAUUCAGAAUCGAGGAACGCUUAAUGUAGGGACGCAACGGGUCCCAGCAGCUUUGAAAGACUGGGUGCAUCUUUGGCACGGCGUGAAAGUGAAUAAUGGAGUCCAGGGCAACACGUCGAUUUUCCACGCAGGCUCUCGCGUUGAAGACAUGCCAUUUUGGAAACAAUUCGUUCGACUGCCCUCGAAUUCGCUGUUUCCAAGCGUGAGUACGAAUGCAAACCCGAGAACGCCGUACAAGGACUUUUUGUAUGUGCUCUUGAAUAUGCGCUGGCCCAUGCUACUGAUGGUGCUACUUGCUGUGUUUAUGGUGAACCUCUUCUUCUUUGCCGCAGUCACGUGCUGUAUCUGUGGUGAUCCAACCGGGUUUCUCGAAGCUUUCAACUUGAGCUACCAGACGUUCACGACAAUUGGAUUCGGGGUGGUAUACCCUACACACACGUGUGGGAAUAUUAUCAUGUCGGUAGAGUCCUUUGCGUCCAUGAUGGUCGUCUCGGCUGUUACGGGUCUUGUGUUUGCCAAAUUUGCCAAACCGCAGGCUAAAGUGGCUUUCAGCAAAGUUUGUGUCGUACAACCUUACGGUAAGAAAUACCUUGCACUCGUCGUGCGAGUCGCAAAUGCUACACAAUCACGAGAUGUAACGCACGACGUUAUCAUGGAGGCUGUAUUCAAAGUCAAUUUGCUACGUGUUGAGCACAAGACGAAGCACAUUCGUGCUCACGACGACGAAGUCACACUGAAACGAAGACUUUCGCAACCUCCGAGCGCACAAAGCGUCGAGAACGCUGCAGACGACCCCGCUUGUUCGACGAAAGUGCUGACCUCGUACAACCUGAAGCUGCAGCAGAAUAAUUUUAUCACAUUCCGCAUGGGCAUGGCCGUAGUGCACCUGAUUGAUGAGAGCAGCCCGCUGUACGGAAUGUCAAAAAACAACAUUGCCCAAUCUGAUAUGCUUGUAGAGGUAGCAAUGUGUGGCGUUGACUCGACAUUGCAGGACACAGUGUCCGAGCGAAAUAUCUACACUGCUGCAAAUCUGGUGUGGGGAUACCGUUUCGCCGAGAUGCUCGAGUUUAACGAGCAGAAUGCGGAGGUUAUCAUGGACUUUGCAAGAUUGAGCACUGUGGAGUCUGCUCCGAUCGACGAUGCCCAAUACCUCCAGCCAGUUGGAUCCAACGAGAGGAUGCGUCCCUCCAACAGCCACGAAGGUGAAGGCAAGGAUGUAGCGUGCCAGUGUUCACAGCAGAAAGUCUGCGCGUCAUAUUAUCACAAGGGUAGGCCUCCUCCUCACGAUCAAGAAUUGUUUUCGGAGAGCUCAGCAAAUGACGUGUCGAGCUCAAGUUCAGCAUCAGGGGACAGUCAAUCGACGGUCACGGACAAUGAGGUGCCAGUCUCACCUCACCCUUUUGUGUCGCUUUCGCAGAAGCCCGGUCCGAAAAAGUCUGCAAUGGGGCUUGAGCCAUUGUUUGAGCCAUUGUUGCAGCAACCGUUUGGAACACAGCGAAUUCCAAAAGCUCCGUCGGCCGAAACACGCGCGGCUCGAAGAGGAGGCUUGCAGGUUUGGAGAGACAUCGAUCGAUAUCAUCCGGAAAUUGAACGGGCCACACUCAGCGAAGGGCGACUAGCAACAGUGGAUGGUGUAGAUGCCAAUGUCCGGCACAAGAGUUGGGAUGCCCAUCAUGACGAAGUAGGGUGUAGGUCUUUCGAGAGUCCCGAUGUGCUGCGAUCGCGACAUCUGCUCCAACGAGAGGUGGCGGGGCCCGCAUCUACAGGGGGUAACGCUUGCUCCAGCUCGCAAGAAAAGGAGCAGAAAAAUGAUCUCACCGCAGUAAACGACCCUGACGGUCGCGACGGCCAUGGAGAGGUUGAUGAGGAUGUUUCUCAGCGGCGCCAGCGUCCUCAGACGACAAUGUCUGUCGUGUCGAUGGAAGUAGAAGACACGCCUCGCUUUUUGCACAUUUUGCCCGUUCACAUCCCCAAGUCAUUCAGCUUUAUGCGGUUUUACCAGAGCGCUCUCCAUGUACGCUGGCCCAAAAUCAUUGCUGUGUUUGUGUUGUCCUUCCUAGUCAUCAACUUUAUCUUUGGGUUGCUGUACUGGUUUGACUUGGGCCACAUUGCAGUUUAUAGUGAUAUAGCGGUCUCAAAGUACGAGCUCACGUUCUACAUGAGCGUCCAUACGCUGGCAACCAUUGGCUAUGGAUCUAUUGCACCGAUGCCUGACUCGGUCUACAUGAACGUCAUCGUGUUCAUCGAGUCCAUGGUGGGAAUAAUUACAGUGACAAUCAUUACCGGCAUUGCUUGGUCAAAGUUUGCUCGACCGCGAGCGCACAUUCACUUCUCGUCACAAAUGACCAUCUCAACCAUCUACGGACACCGGUGCCUUGUUUUUCGUGCUGCGAAUACGCGGCACUCUGGCGAGGUGCAUGACAAUUUUUUUCGCAUUGGUGUAAUCCUUACAAAUCGGCGUACAGGACUACGUCAAAUAUACGACGUGCCGCUUAUUACAGCAGAGUGGCCGUCGAUCAAAUUACCAGCGACACUGAUCCAUGUCAUCAACGAGAACUCGCCAUUUGACAAGUUUUAUUCCAUGGAAGACUUGUCCAAAUCGCGUGUCGCGGUCAUUGCGUUGCUCACGGGGCUCGAUACGACCUUUUCGGAAAAUGUGUACGCACGCAAAAUGUACUUCUGGGAUGACUUUGCGUACAAUAUGCAUUUUGACGAUUUUGCUGUCAUUGAACGGGACUGCGUUAUUGUAGACUACGAGCGCUUUGAUCGACUGAUUCCGAAUGACCAAGACGAAGCGGUUGUGACCGCACCUGUGAGGUCUGCUGAUGCUGACGCAGUAGUGUAG